ACACUCUGUUUUUCCAGGGUUCGUCCACAGUUGGCAAAGGAAAAGAUAGAGGGAUGUCACAUCUGCACGUUCGUGACCCCUGGGGAGCCCCAGGUUGUUCUGGGAAAGGACAAGCCCUUCACGUUUGACUAUGUUUUUGACAUGGACUCGCAGCAGGACAGUAUCUACAGCAACUGCACUGAGAAACUCAUCGAAGGCUGUUUUGAAGGAUAUAAUGCCACUAUCUUCGCCUAUGGACAGACUGGUUCGGGAAAGACCUACACCAUGGGUACGGGCUUUGACGUGAACAUCACUGAUGAGGACUUGGGAAUUAUUCCACGGGCGGUCAGCCACCUCUUCAGGGGCAUCGAGGAGCGCAGACAGGCCGCCACAGAACAAGGGCGACCCGUACCUGAGUUUAAGAUCAACGCCCAGUUCUUAGAGUUGUACAAUGAGGAGGUGCUUGACCUGUUUGAUUCCACUCGAGAUAUGGAGGCCCGCAAGCAGAGAUCCAACAUUAAGAUCCAUGAAGAUGCCAAUGGAGGGAUUUACACAGUGGGAGUCACAACACGAACUGUUAGCUCAGAAGCAGAGAUGAUGCAGUGUCUCAGAUUGGGCGCUCUGUCCCGCACCACUGCAAGCACUCAGAUGAAUGUCCAGAGCUCACGCUCUCAUGCCAUCUUCACCAUCCACCUGUGCCAAGUUCGCGUCUGUGCCUCAGACAAUGACACGGAGACCGAUAACAGACUGGUGAAUGGCUCCUCAGAAAUGAACGAGUUUGAGACGCUAACAGCUAAGUUUCACUUUGUGGAUUUAGCAGGCUCUGAGCGACUGAAGAGAACAGGGGCCACAGGGGACCGAGCCAAAGAGGGCAUUUCUAUCAACUGUGGACUGUUAGCUCUUGGCAAUGUGAUCAGCGCUCUGGGUGACAGGAGCAAACGCUCCACACAUGUGCCUUACCGUGACUCCAAGCUCACUCGCCUGCUUCAAGAUUCCUUAGGAGGAAACAGCCAGACAGUGAUGAUCGCCUGCAUCAGUCCAUCAGAUAGAGACUUCAUGGAGACCCUUAACACGCUAAAAUAUGCGAACCGUGCUCGCAACAUCAAGAACAAAGUGAUGGUGAACCAGGACCGGGCCAGUCAACAGAUCAGCGCUCUGAGAACAGAGAUCGCUCGACUGCAAAUAGAGCUCAUGGAGUACAAAACGGGCAAGCGUAUGGUUGGCGAGGAUGGUCUGGAAAGCAUCAAUGAUAUGGUGCAUGAGAAUUCCAUGCUGCAGACAGAAAACAAUAACCUGCGUGUACGAGUGAAGGCAAUGCAGGAAACCAUUGAUGCCCAGAGAGCCAGACUCACCCAGCUACUCAGCGACCAGGCCAACCAGACCCUCGCCAGAGCAGGUGAAGGGAAUGAAGAGAUCGGAAACAUGAUCCAGAAUUACAUCAAAGAGAUUGAGGAGCUCAGGGCAAAGCUACUAGAGAGUGAGGCUGUAAAUGAAAACCUCCGGAAGAACCUGUCCCGUGCCUCCACCCGCUCUUCAUUUUACGGUCCAACCUCUGUUACCCCCAGCUUCCUUGCACCCGAAAAAGAUGCCACAGACGUCAUUGAAAUGGCAAAGAAAGACCUGGAGAAACUGAAGAAAAAGGAAAGGAAGAAAAAGAAGAGACUCUUGAAGCUCCAGCAGAUGGAUGAAGGUGCUCAUGAAGAUCUUGAGAACGUCAGUGUCAUAAAGGAGGAGGGGCCAGAUAAUGAGCAGGAUAAAGAGGCCUCUGAGAGAGCCAAUGAGGAGCCAGAAGUGGAUGGGAGCGAUCAUGAUGAAGGCGAGGAAGCCGAGGGCGAUGAAGAAGAGGAUGAGAUAGAGGUGGACAGCUCUGAUGAGUCUGACUCAGAGGAGGAAAAAGAGGACUUCCAGGCAGAUCUGGCCAACAUCACGUGUGAGAUCGCAAUCAAACAGCGGCUGAUCGAUGAACUGGAGAACAGUCAGAGACGUCUGCACACCCUCAAACAACAGUAUGAGCAGAAACUCAUGAUGCUGCAGAGCAAAAUCAGAGACACGCAGCUGGAGAGAGACCGUGUACUGCAAAACAUGGGCUCAGUGGAGUCAUGUACAGAGGAGAAAGCAAAGAAGAUAAAGUCCGAAUACGAGAAGAAGUUGAACUCCAUGAACAAGGAGUUGCAGAAACUUCAGUCGGCACGGAAGGAACACGCACGCCUUCUGAAGAACCAGUCACAGUACGAGAAACAGCUGAAGAAGCUACAGCAGGAAGUGACUGAGAUGAAGAAGACCAAGGUGGGUUUGAUGAAACAGAUGAAGGAACAUCAGGAGAGGACCCGAGCCACAGAGACCCGCCGCAACCGAGAGAUCGCCACACUCAAGAAAGACCAUCGCAAACAAGAGCACCAGCUAAGGCAGCUUGAGGCUCAAAAGAGACAGCAGGAGCUCAUUCUCCGCAGGAGGGCAGAGGAGAUAACUGCCCUGAGGCGCCAAGUGCGACCAGCAUCAGGCAAGGUUAACCGUAAGGUCAGUUUACCAGAGCCUUUGCAGGAGUCUUCCCCCCGUACGGCUCCUGUCAGACCACAAACUGCUGGGGCCACAGCUCCUCAUGGGACAAGAAAGUACCAGAUGAGAACAGCAGGAGUGUACUCUACAAGGACGGCGCGGGCCAAAUGGCAGUCGCUAGAGCGGCGCAUUAGUGACAUCAUCAUGCAGAGGAUGACCAUCUCCAAUAUGGAGACUGAAAUGAACCGCUUGCUUAAGCAACGUGAGGAGUUGACAAAGCGCAGGGAGAAAGUGAUGAGGAAGAGGGACAAGAUCGCCAGCGAAGACACAGAUGCCGACAGGACUGUUCUCUCUCUCAGCGAAGAGAUGGAGUCGCUGAGCGCUAACAUCGACUACAUCAAUGACAGCAUUGCAGACUGCCAGGCCAACAUCAUGCAGAUGGAAGAGGCCAAGGAGGAGGGAGAUACAGUGGACGUCUCUGCUGUGAGUAAUAGUAUAAUGUCCAACAACAACUGUUCUCAGGGCUUACAAGCUGCACAGAAGGAGUCUCAGAUCAAAGUGAUGGAGGGCCGUUUGAAACAGACAGAGAUAAACAGUGCCACACAGAACCAGCUGCUCUUCCACAUGCUGAAGGAGAAAGCAGAACUCAACCCUGAACUGGACGCUCUGCUCGGGAAUGCUCUCCAAGAACUAGGUAGCGUGCCAUCGGAAAACGGCGAUGAAAGCAGCAGCGAUGAAUCAGCACAGAGUCCAGCCACAGAGAAGAGUUGUUUGGCUUCGGAUCUCAUGAAACUUUGUGGAGAAACCAAAGCCAGGAAUAAGGCUCGCAGAAGAACCACCACCCAGAUGGAGCUGCUGUACGCCAACACUGGUGACCCUGACGCCCCUCCAGAGGAUUUCUCUGCCCCUCUGCUUCCUGUAGUGGAGAGUUCAGAAGGACAUAAAGAACCUGCACCCGUUCCCUACUUAGGGGACAGAGACUCAGUGGCCUUCACCUCUAGCUUAGCGUCCAAGCCAAUGCUGUCUCCAGUGCCAGAUCUCCCACGGCUACAGAAAGGAAGUCUCUGGACCGCUCGCCUCUCACCCGCAGAAGAGCACAGGACAGGAGCCAGAACCCUACAGAAAGAACCAAAACCCUGGACAAACAAGGUCCAGCAAGCCCAGCUCAGGCGUCCCGCUCUAGCCGAGCUGCCAGACUGCAGUGUGUGCAUGUGGCUGAGGGUCAUACUAAACCCCUGUUGUGUGUGGACUCAACUGAUGAUCUGCUCUUCACGGGCUCAAAGGGUCAAUCGCACAUGUAAGGUGUGGAACCUGGUAACGGGUCAGGAGAUCAUGUCUCUUGGAGAUCAUCCCAGCAGUGUAGUGUCAGUCCGAUACUGUUCCAGCCUGGUCUUCACUGUCUCUACUGCUUAUGUCAAAGUAUGGGACAUCCGUGACUCUGCCAAAUGCAUCCGCACCCUCACAUCUUCUGGACAGGUGUCUCAAGGUGACACUUGUGGAAGCAGUUCUGUUGCCAUUCCUCCAGGAGAAAAUCAGAUCAAUCAGAUCGCCCUCAAUCCUUCCGGAACAUUCCUUUAUGCUGCCUCAGGCAACACGGUCAGGAUGUGGGACUUGAGAAGGUUUGUAUCUACUGGAAAACUGACGGGACAUCUGGGACCGGUAAUGUGUCUUACGGUAGACCAGAUGGGGAAGGGUCAAGAUGUGGUCAUAACGGGCUCAAAAGAUCACACCGUGAAGAUGUUUGAUGUGGUGGAAGGCGCUCAGGGCAGCAUCAGCCCCACACAUCAUUUCGACCCAUCCCAUCAGGAUGGGCUGGAGGCUCUGGCCAUUCACGGCGAUUCACUUUUUACUGCUGCCAGAGACUCCUGCAUUAAAAAAUGGGACUUAACCCGCAAACAGCUAUUAGAGGUAGAACAGGCUCAUUCUGAUCUCCUGAGCUCUCUGGCGGUGGUCCCUGGCUCCAGCGCUGUUAUGAGCGGCUGCAAGGGUGGACUGCUCAAAUUCUGGCACACAGACACGCUUAGAGCUCUGGGAGAAAUAAGGGGUCAUGACAGCUCUGCUCGCAGAAGAACCACCACCCAAAUGGAGCUGCUGUAUGCCAACACUGGUGACCCUAACGCCCCUCCAGAGGAUUUCUCUGCCCCUCUGCUUCCUGUAGUGGAGAGUUCAGAAGGACAUAAAGAACCUGCACCCGUUCCCUACUUAGGGGACAGAGACUCAGUGGCCUUCACCUCUAGCUUAGCGUCCAAGCCAAAUGCUGUCUCCAGUGCCAGAUCCCCCACGGCUACAGAAAGGAAGUCUCUGGACCGCUCGCCUCUCACCCGCAGAAGAGCACAGGACAGGAGCCAGAACCCUACAGAAAGAACCAAAACCCUGGACAAACAAGGUCCAGCAAGCCCAGCUCAGGCGUCCCGCUCUAGCCGAGCUGCCAGACUGCAGUGUGUGCAUGUGGCUGAGGGUCAUACUAAACCCCUUGUGUGUGUGGACUCAACUGAUGAUCUGCUCUUCACGGGCUCAAAGGAUCGCACAUGUAAGGUGUGGAACCUGGUAACGGGUCAGGAGAUCAUGUCUCUUGGAGAUCAUCCCAGCAGUGUAGUGUCAGUCCGAUACUGUUCCAGCCUGGUCUUCACUGUCUCUACUGCUUAUGUCAAAGUAUGGGACAUCCGUGACUCUGCCAAAUGCAUCCGCACCCUCACAUCUUCUGGACAGGUGUCUCAAGGCGACACUUGUGGAAGCAGUUCUGUUGCCAUUCCUCCAGGAGAAAAUCAGAUCAAUCAGAUCGCCCUCAAUCCUUCCGGAACGUUCCUUUAUGCUGCCUCAGGCAACACGGUCAGGAUGUGGGACUUGAGAAGGUUUGUAUCUACUGGAAAACUGACGGGACAUCUGGGACCGGUAAUGUGUCUUACGGUAGACCAGAUGGGGAAGGGUCAAGAUGUGGUCAUAACGGGCUCAAAAGAUCACACCGUGAAGAUGUUUGAUGUGGUGGAAGGCGCUCAGGGCAGCAUCAGCCCCACACAUCAUUUCGACCCAUCCCAUCAGGAUGGGCUGGAGGCUCUGGCCAUUUACGGCGAUUCACUUUUUACUGCUGCCAGAGACUCCUGCAUUAAAAAAUGGGACUUAACCCGCAAACAGCUAUUAGAGCAGGUAGAACAGGCUCAUUCUGAUCUCCUGAGCUCUCUGGCGGUGGUCCCUGGCUCCAGCGCUGUUAUGAGCGGCUGCAAGGGUGGACUGCUCAAAUUCUGGCACACAGACACGCUUAGAGCUCUGGGAGAAAUAAGGGGUCAUGACAGCUCUGUCAAUAGCAUCUGCACAAACAGCAGUCAGCUCUUUACCGCCUCAGAUGACCGGACAGUCAAGAUCUGGCAAGUGAAAGGAUCUUUAGAGGACGGCCUUCACUGAUGAGAACACAAGGUCACUGGGAAGGUUUUGGCUUCCUACAAGAAUUUCCUCUACUUUCCAGAAACUCUGGCAGCGAUUCAGAGGAGAGCUUCUUGUUGUAGCUGCUGUAUAUUUCCUCAUCUACAGUGUUGAAGUGCCCCGACUGUAAAGGGGGAUUUUGUAGGUCACUAAGUGUUUUUUGAUGUGGCACUGUCCUAAAGCCGGGCUUUGGGCAUCACAGACUGCCAUAUGAGCAGUGCUUAAGAAGCACACGUGUUUGUGAACGUCAUGUUGACUGGACUGAACCGAUAUGCUUUUAAAUUAUCCGUUAAUAUUGAUGUCAGCUCUUUUCCGAUGUUUGUUGACCAAAGUUAGUCUCUCUUUGUGUGAAUCUUUCCAAUGGAACCUCGACUCGUCACAGAUCUCAAUGCACCUGUACUGUAGUCUUAACUGCACUGGAAUGGUACAAUGAUAUUUGCACCAGUGUCUGUUUUGUGUUUUACCAACCUGAACUGGUUCUUUUUCAUUUUCUGGUUGAAACCUUUGAGUACGCUGUAGAAAAAUAUUUCCUCUGAUGUACUGUAGUUAUUAUCAAUGUCAGAUGGCGAGUGAAAUAAACUACAUCUGUCAAAAUCUCA